AGUCAGACGCUUUACCGACUGAGCCACCCAGGAGUGGCCCUCUCUUACUGUGCUCCCGAAGCCACUGGCUGGAGCCUUGACUACACCCUGCCAGCGUCCGGCAUUUGGGCGGCGAAGGUACAGGUGCAUAGGAGCAUCUCUGUGGAGCAGGCGCUGGUCCGGGAGCUGGAUUGGGUGGCGGACAGGACAGACAGCACUGCCGGGCAGAGCUCGUGUUCCCUAGGAGGGCAAGCCCGACACAACAUGCAGACCAAUAAGACCUGGUUUGGCCGAGUUAGAUUUGAGAUGCCCAGACAUCCGAGUGGGAUUGACAGGCAGAUGAUUGCACGUAGAAUGAGAAAAGCAACAGAGAAUGACCGGUUUUAUCUGCUCCUGUGGAAAUAGCUGCUUCCUGCCCUCCUCGGCCCACUCUCCGAACUGGUGCUGGCCAGAGGUGGGUGUGGGGUCCACGCUGCCGGCUCUGUACCCGAGGGGGACUGUGGGGUCCACACUGCUGGCUGCACACCAGAGGCCAGCCUCAGAACCACACCCAGCCCCGCCCUGGGACACUCAAUCCGCCUCCAGCUCAGCAGUUGAGAAGCUGCCUACAAGUUCCGGAAUCCUCCCCAGCAUUAGUCGGAAGAGCGAAGGAGCAUAGCCCCCAUUUAGGGGGGUGCAUUGGGAUGCCUAAGACAUCCCCAUAACUGACCAUGAGAACCAGAGAAAAAUCCAGGACUUAUCCUGAGGGAUUGACGAUGCGCUGGGCUGACUGCUCACAGAGAGAAGAUUCCCAGCACCCCAAGACCCCAAGAUUCUGCAUCACCCUCUCAGUCACUGCCUUCUGUGGAUUCCGGGGUUCUUACAAAAGCAAGCAUCCUCCCUGCCGUGAGAUCUGCAGAGACCCAGGGCGAGGCGCAGCCUCUGUGGGCAGGGCCGGGACAGACGGAAGGACCUGUCAGACCUGCUCGUCGGCUGUUCAGCCCCUCGUCGUGGGUCAGCCUGCCUUUGCUUCUCCCGGACAAGGAAGGCGAGGGCAUGGAGUCUGUGCCCGAGAGAGCAGUCUUUGGUGCCUGAACUUUGAGUUUUGGAGCAAGUCACGUGGCUCGAGAGCAGGCAGGCCAACUUGGCGCUGACUUGGGGGGCUACUGCGCCCAGCCCCGUCCCGCCCCGCAGCCCGCAGAGAAGGGAGCCGGCGGCCGGCACCGCACCUGGCCACGGAGGGGACACCGGAUCCCAGCGCACCGUGAGGAGUGCCCGUGGGAAGGAGCCGGAGGGCCCCUUGCGCUCCCGAGCACGCGGUCAUGGCGACCCUUCACCGCACAGACUCGACGCUCACGGCCCUGGAUGAGGAGACGCUGUGGGACAUGAUGGAGAGCCACCGCCACAAGAUUGUGAGCAGCAUCUGCCCCAGCCGCCUCACGCCCUACCUGCGCCAGGCGAAGGUGCUGGACCAGCUGGACGAGGAGGAGGUGCUCCACAGCCCCAGGUUCACCAACACGGUCAUGAGAGUCGGGCACUUGCUGGAUUUGCUGAGGACUCGAGGGAAGAAUGGAGCCAUUGCCUUCCUGGAGAGCCUCAAGUUCCACAACCCUGACGUGUACACCCUGGUCACCGGGCUGCAGCCCAAAGGGGACUUCAGCAACUUCAGUGGGCUCAUGGACACGUCCAAGCUGACCGAGUGCCUGGCCGGGGCCAUCAGCAGCCUGCAGGAGGAGCUGGGCCAGGAGAAGGGGCACAAGGAGGCCCUGCGGCGGCGCUGCCGGCAGCUGCAGGAGCGCCUGGGCCGGGCGGAGGCCCGCGUGCGGAGCCUGGGCCAGCUGGAGACCGACCAUGACCGCGUGAAGCGCGAGGUGCUGAAGCUUAAGGACGAGAUGCUCAGCCUGUCGUUGCACCACAGCAACGCGCUGCGGGAGAAGGAGCUGGCGGUCACCCGGUGCCGCGGCCUGCAGGAGGAGCUGUACCUGCUGAAGCAAGAGCUAGAACGCGAGAAGAUGUCUUCUUCCCACGAGCGGGACUGUCGAGAGCGUUCCCCGCAGAUGGCCGACGGCCUGGGGCCCGGGGACAAGGAGCUGACCCGCCUGAAGGAGGAGAACGAGAAGCUCCGGUCGCUGACGUUCAGCCUGGCGGAGAAGGACAUCCUGGAACAGAACCUGGACGAGGCCCUGGAGGGCACACAGACGCUGGUGGAGCGUAUCCACUCCCUGAGGCAGCGGGCCGUGGCCGCCGAGAGGCAGCGGAAACAGUACUGGGAGGAGAAGGAGCAGACCUUGCUGCAGUUCCAGAGGACUAAGGUCGACUGUGACAUCUACAAGGAGAAGAUCGGCGCCCUACAGGGCCAGUUGCUGGAGCUGCAGCGAGAGCGAGACCAGGCCUACUCGGCGAGAGACGCGGCCCGGAUGGAGAUUUCGCAGAGCCUGACAGAGAAGGACGCCCUCCGCAGGAAAGUGUUUGAACUGACAGACCAGGUCUGGGAGCUGCACCAUCGGCUUCACCGGCCGCAGGCCGAGUCCCUUCGAGGGGAUCUGUCCACAGCUCCAGUUCUGGCACCGGCCGGGGGGCGGAGAGCCUCUUCAGAGGCACCUGGGAACUUGCCUGAGCAGGAAGCCAGAGCCCGGGAGCCGUGUCCGAAGGGGAAGCAGCGGCUCGUGCGCAUGUUGGCCAUCUGUCCGCGGGAUGACAGUGACCGCAGCUUCACCGAGUCUCAGCUCUGCUCUGACCUGAGCGCCACAUCCAGCCGUGAGCUGGUGGACAGCUUCCGGUCCAGCAGCCCCAUGCCUCCCAGUCAGCAGUCCCUGUACAAGCGGGCCGCAGAGGACUUCUGGGAAGACCCCUGGUCUUUCAGCAGCUUCCCAGAAACCCUGCAGGUGGACCGGGGACCCUCCCCAGGGGCUAAGGCAGGUGCUGCAGACCUGGAUUAUGAGAUUGUAGACCCGGCAGAACUUGCCGACUGUGACAGCCUGCAGCCAUCCUCCGGGGGCCUCUCCGUCUCAGCCAGCAGCGUCCCGGUGCGGAGGAGGCCGGCCCGCAAGAUCCUGAGCCAGGUCACCGUGCUGGCCUUCCAGGGGGACGAGCUGCUGGAGCAGAUAAGUGUCAUUGGCGGCAACCUCACAGGCAUCUUCAUUCACCGGGUCACCCCAGGCUCCGCGGCAGACGAGAUGGCCUUGCGCCCGGGCACCCAGAUCAUGACGGUGGAUUACGAGGCAACAGAGCCCUCGUUCAAGGCCACCCUGGAGGACACAACCCUGGAGCAGGCCGUCGGACUUCUCCGGAGGGUGAACGGCUUCUGCUGCCUGUCUGUGAAGGUCAACAUGGAGGGUUAUAAGAAGUUGGUCCAGGACCUGGAGGCCAAAGUGGCUACCUCGGGGGACUCCUUCUACAUCCGGGUCAACCUGGCCCUGGAGGCGAGGGCGGUGGGGGAGCUGCAGGUGCAAUGCAACGACAUCCUGCAUGUCACCGACACCAUGUUCCGGGGCCGCGGCUGCUGGCACGCCCACCGCGUGGGCCCCUAUAGCACGAAGGGCACCGAGAGGGGCAGCAUCCCCAACUAUGCACGGGCUCAGCAGCUGCUCAUUGCUCUGAUCCAGCGAAGCACCAUCGCCUGCAAGCAGUCUUCCGGGGGAGCCCAGAAGCUGGUCCGCAUCGUCAGCGUGGACAGAACCAAGGCCAGCCCCGUGUGCUCGUCCUCUGAGGGGGCACUGUCGGAGCGCAGCAGGCCGAAAGAGCCCUCCACCACGUGCUUCUGGGCCGAGACCUGCUUCACCCUGGUGCCCUACAGCCUGGUGCGUCCCCACAGGCCCAGCCGGCCCCGGCCCGUGCUCUUCGUGCCCAGGGUGGUCGGCAGGAUCCUGAGCGAGAAGCUGUGUCUCCUCCAGGGGUUUAGGAAGUGCCCAGCAGAGUACUUGAGCCAGGAGGAAUACGAUGCCUCCAGCCAGAGGGGGGACAUCAUCCAGGAGAAGGAGGCAUCCGGUGGCCGCUACUGGGUAACCCGCAGGGCCAUUGAGUCCCUCAUGGAGAAGAACACCCACGCCCUCCUGGACGUCCGGCUGGACAGCGUCCGUGCCCUCCACAGGUCGGAGAUCUUCCCCAUCAUCGUCCACAUCUCCGUCAACGAGAAGGCGGCCAAGAAACUCAAGAAGGCCCUGCAGCGGCUCAACACCUCGGAGCAGCAGCUCCUGGAGGCGGGCAGGCAGGAGGAAGGCGAGCUGGACGAAGCGCCCUGUCUGUACAGCAGCCUGGCCCCCGAUGGCUGGAGUGACCUGGAAACCCUGCUCGGCUGUGUCCGCUUGGCCAUCGCGGACGAGCAGAAGAAGGUUGUGUGGACAGAGAAGAGCCCCCGCUGACGCCCCCGGAGUCCCCUCCAGAAAUUGUGGGGACCUCUGAGUCCCCACAGGAGUCCCUGACAACGUGGCCCUGUGCGUUGAGCUCAGGGCCUCUCAGGCACAGCCCUGGGGGUGCUCACCAAACAAGCCCAGCUCUCCGGGCUCCCCUCUCUCACCAGGGUCUGACCUUGAACUACACGCAGGGGACAAUGGGCAUUCGGACCAUCUCCUCCUCCUCCAAGGCUCCGCGUGGUCUGGAACCAGACGUCCCGAGAACAUUUCCGCAGUGGGGGCGUCUCCCAAGCCUUCCCAGAGCCGGAGGCCCCAGAUGUCCAGAAAACCACCUGUCGGACCCGAAUCACUAUACUUCCCUUUGCAAUUCAAUGUGCCAAAGGGCUUGCUCCAAAGCCACGGUGGCCGCAAGCUGGUGGCCCCGAUGACCCCCACGGUCACUCCCAUCCCUGCCCAGAGCAGAGACACAACCCCUCUUGUAACGUCAUCCUGGCUUUCUCAGCUCCCGAUGGCAGACAGGUGCCUCAGUAACUCCAAUUUAGAGAGAUGUGUGUAUGUGCUGGGAAGCCUAGUUUCCCAGUGAUGGAAACAGUAUUUUCAGCGGUGCCUGGCGGUUUUGGGGGACCCGUGGGGGUCCUCGAGAAGCCUUCCACAGACACAUUGCACGAAUGCCAUCUGGGCUCCCCCUGAGCCUGGGAACUGUCCCCCUCUAACUGGGUACCUCCCCCCCACCAGCUCCUUCUCCAGAGUAAAGCACCUUUACUCCACCUCCAGAGCUCAGGAGACAUUUGGGCGUGGCUUGGGCAGGGACCUCCGGGGUCCCCUGACCACCCGGCCUUGCCGCCCGCGGUCACAGACUGAAUGGAGUUUUGGCAGCAGCGGCCCUGAGUCUGAGUGCCUCGGGCGGUUGCUCUAGAACUCAGACCGCCAUUAUCGCAAACGAGGUCAGAAAAUGAACUUCUAUGUAUUUUACUGAAAUAAAGCUUUUC